UCUAUAAAUGAAAAGUUCCACUCGAUUGUUCGUCUGUUUCGCGAAACUCCGCUGGUGCUUGUAUCGAUCCGAAGCGUGGAAAACGUCAUCGAUACACAAUGGAUCGUUUCCUGCAUUUCGUUCUGUUGUUCGCCGUUUUGCCCUUUGCAAUUAUUUUUUGUAGACGAGGAGCCAUCGAAGAGGGAGGCUGCGAAUGCGCCGUGUUUCAGGCGGGAUCGUCAGUCUCAAUCAUCGAACGCCCUCUUCAAUAUAAUGUCACGUGCAACAGCGAAGGGGAGGCAAGAUGCCAAUUAUUGUGCGUCGCAUUGGCCCAAAGUGGCAGAGACAAGGCGCCGCAAAUGAUUUGCGAAAAAAUGAACGCCCAUGUGGAAAAUCUCCAAGUGGCGGUGUACUCGAAAAUAUGUAACGCGAUUAACUGGAAAUUCACCGGAUUGAAGAACUCGGACCUGAUAUGCUGCCACGAGGGGAAACCGAUACCUUGUUCCGGAUCAUCAUCGAUCAUCAAUGACUGGAUGGAUUCCAUUACUCCGUUGAAUCCGUAAAUUCCUUAUUCCUUUUUAUUACAUAUCAAAACAUUUAUUAUUUUAUUCAUAAGUUUAUUCGUCGUUGUCGUAUAUAUAUAUAUUUAUCCAAGUUGAGUAUAUAUAAUUGUGGAAAUAAAUUCUAACGUUUGUAUGAAUCGCAUGGAAGGGAUUUAAUUGAUUGUAGUUGAAAAAGGAAUAGUAUUAUUUGAAAUAGCUAGUUGGAUAGGGAGAACUUGUUCGGAUACGAUACUUUGUACUAGUUAGUGAACAGUGCAGAUAACAGAUAUUCAGGGAGGUGACCUCAGGGCUUCAAAUAUUAUUCCACUCGAUCCUUCAUUAUCCUCUGAACACAAAUUAAAUUCCUCGUUAUAAGAUACAAUUUUGUUCAAUUAAUUUAUAUACUAAAUGAAAAUGGUGCAAAAUAAAAAGAGGAGGAGACGACGAGGAAACGUUUUACGAAUACAA